UGAUGUAUAAUUAAUUAUAAGGAAUAAAAUGAAAAUAAAAAGAUAAAACUUCAAAUUUAGAGUUUUGCAUAGUGAAACUUCAUAUUUUUUUUAAAUUAAAAUUUUUUUUUGAAGAUCAAAAAACUUAAUAUUUGAAAUUAUAGAGUUUUUUUUGAAGAUGUUCAUACAACUACACACAAAAAUCAGUGAACAACGUAUUUAACUUUCAAUGUUCCUCUUUGCAAAUUUGAACAAAACUCCUUUAGUCGCACUUCCAGUAUUUAAAUCUUAUUUAGUUUAUGAUAAAAAAAGAAAAUCUUAUUUAGUAUAUUGUGUGUUGACAAAAAUAUAGCUUACUGAGGUUGUUCAAAAAUAAAAAAGCUUACUGUAAUUUGUGAAUUAGGUAAUCUCCUUGUUAGAUAAAUGUUAUCUUGUUAAUUUGUAUUAGAGAAAUGUCGCUUUCAGAAAUAUCAUAAACGAAACAAAUAUUUUAAGGAAAGGUUACACAGAAUUAAUAAAAAUUCCAGAGCGAUCAAUUAAUAUUAUAGAAUAUUAAAAUUAUAGAUUAUAGGAUUGACCAAUCGUCGUCAGUCUCUGAUAGGUUCUACUUCAAAUAUUUGGUUUUUAAUACUUCGCAAAACCACUUUUAAAACGGAGUCAUUCGCUUCGUUUCUUCCUCUGACAAAAAAGAACAAAACAAAAAACAGAGGUAAGAAAAAUGAAAAGCGGAGGGAACACAAACACGAAGCUCAUACUUGUUCAUCCAUACAUUCAAAAACAAACAAGCUCAAAUCGUCUAUGGCUUCUCGCUUUUGUCUCUUUCUUCACCAUCGCUUUUCUCCUUACUCUACUCUACACCACCGACACCAUCAUCUCUUCCAAAAACAGCACCGUCGUCUCCUCCGUCGUCAACUCAGCCGUCUCCAACACUCCCACCUCUCAGUUGCCAACGAGCGCCAUCAAUGCUCUGCUCCACUACGCGUCGAGAUCUAACGACAGCUUCCACAUGUCAUACGGAGAGAUGAAAUCGAUCUCCGACGUCCUCCGCCGCUGCGCUCCGCCGUGCAACCUCCUCGUGUUCGGCCUAACGCACGAAACCCUCCUCUGGAAAUCGCUGAACCACAACGGACGGACCGUGUACAUCGAAGAGAACCGUUAUUACGCGGCCUACUUCGAAGAAAUCCACCCGGAGAUCGAAGUGUUCGACGUUCAGUACACGACGAAGGCUCGCGAGGCGCGUGAGCUUGUGUCGGCGGUCAAAGAGGCGGCGAGGAACGAGUGUCGUCCCGUGCAGAAUCUUCUCUUCUCCGACUGCAAACUCGGUCUCAACGACUUGCCGAACCACGUCUACGAUCUCGACUGGGAUGUGAUCUUAGUCGACGGACCACGCGGCGACGGUGAAGAUGUGCCGGGAAGGAUGUCGUCGAUCUUCACGGCGGCGGUCCUUGCUCGGAGCAAAAAAUCAGGAGGGAAUCACAAGACGCAUGUGUUCGUUCACGAUUAUUACAGAGAGAUCGAGAGACUUUGUGGCGAUGAGUUUCUUUGUCGGGAGAAUCUUGUGGAAUCUAACGACAUGCUUGCGCACUACGUUUUGGAGAGGAUGGAUAAGAACAGCACGCAGUUCUGUCGUGAUCGUAAGAAACGCCCUGCGUCUCCGUCGCCUUGAGUAAAAUGUGCGCCAAAUCUUGUGGAGAGCAAUCAACAGACAGACGACGGUGGUGGACCUGGUGGUUGACAACGUCAAUCGCGGAGGAGUUUCAGUAAAAUAAAAACCUUGUUUUUUCCACCUUUGUAUCUUUUCUCCUACUGUACUGUAAUAUUCAAAUCUUUGACCCAUGUGAAAAUUUCAAUCAAUUAAAACUUUACAAAAACGUAUA